UAAAUAAGGGGGCGGGGGCUGUGGCGGGGUCCCGGGCGGGACGACGCUGGCCUGGCCUUGGCUGCCGCGGCGCCGGCGCAGCAGGAGUUGGCCUCGCCCGGGAGGUAGCCGGCGGCCGCCCAGACCCGCGCUUCGGGGCCGACGGCAGCACGUGUUUGUGCGGGGUGGCCGGGCGCUAUGGAGUUUGAGGAGCUGGGGAUCCGGGAGGAGUGCGGCGUGUUCGGCUGCAUCGCCUCCGGCUCGUGGCCCGCGGAGCUCGAUGUGCCCCAUGUGAUCACUUUAGGGCUGGUGGGGCUGCAACACAGGGGCCAAGAAAGUGGUGGAAUUGUGACAAGUGAUGGAGACUCAGCCCAAACAUUCAAAGUGCACAAGGGAAUGGGUCUUAUUAAUCAUGUGUUCAGUGAAGACAAUCUGAAGAAGCUGUAUGUUUCAAAUCUUGGAAUUGGCCACACCAGGUACUCCACGUCGGGAAUCUCUGAAUUAGAGAACUGCCAGCCUUUCGUUGUAGAAACUCUUCAUGGGAAGAUUGCUGUGGCACACAAUGGUGAAUUAAUAAAUGCUAAACAACUCAGAAGAAAGCUGAUGAGACAUGGUGUGGGACUAUCGACCAGUUCUGACAGCGAAUUGAUCACCCAGCUGCUGGCAUUCACACCUCCACUCGAGAAUGAUGAUACCCCAGACUGGGUGGCAAGAAUCAAAAAUUUAAUGAAUGAAACCCCUACUUCAUAUUCACUACUAAUGAUGCAUAAAGACAUAAUCUAUGCAGUACGUGAUCCCUAUGGGAAUCGUCCACUCUGCAUUGGUCGUCUCAUUUCAGUAGGCAGUAUGAGUGGAAAAGGGAAGAAAAACAGCGAAACAGAAGGAUGGGUGGUCUCCUCUGAAUCCUGCAGCUUUUUAUCUAUUGGUGCACAGUAUUAUCGUGAAGUCCUCCCUGGAGAGAUUGUGAAGAUAUCCAGAUAUGAUGUCCAAACACUGGAUGUUGUACCAAGACCUGGAGGAGAUCCAUCAGCAUUCUGUAUCUUUGAAUAUGUUUAUUUUGCAAGGCCCGACAGCAUUUUUGAAGGUCAAAUGGUGUAUUCAGUCAGGAGAAGAUGCGGUCAGCAGCUUGCUGUUGAAGCACCAGUGGAAGCAGACUUGGUUAGCACAGUACCAGAAUCUGCAACACCAGCAGCACUAGGUUAUGCACAAAAGUGUGGGCUGCCAUAUGUUGAAGUACUCUGUAAAAAUCGAUAUGUCGGAAGAACUUUUAUUCAGCCAAACAUGCGAUUAAGACAGCUUGGAGUGGCAAAAAAAUUUGGAGUCCUAUCUGAUAACUUUAAAGGCAAAAGAAUUGUGCUAAUCGAUGAUUCUAUUGUGCGGGGCAAUACCAUUUCACCCAUAAUAAAGCUGCUCAGGGAAUCUGGUGCGAAGGAGGUGCACAUUCGUGUGGCUUCACCUCCCAUAAAAUUUCCUUGUUACAUGGGAAUAAAUAUUCCAACAAAAGAAGAACUCAUUGCCAACAGACCUGAAUUUCAUGACCUUGCAAAAUACAUAGGAGCGGACAGUGUGGUUUAUCUUUCUGUGGAAGGGUUGGUAUCAUCUGUGCAAGAAAGUAUCAAAGCAAAGCAAGAAAAUCAAAACAGCCUUAAAACCAAUAAGUCUCGUGUUAGAAAGAUUGGCCACUGUACAGCAUGUCUUACUGGGGAAUACCCAGUAGAGCUCGACUGGUGACUUUAAUGCCCAAGUACCGUUGCUGAAUGUAGUUUUUUGAAUUGAGAAGUAUGUUGUACCUAACAGCACAUAGCAUCUUCUUACAUUUAGCAAGCCACUUAAAGCUAGUGACGUCUAAUUGCUGUUACAGACAUGUCUUUGCAGACUUUCUAUAAAGUUUAUGAUGACGAAAACUAUAUAAUGUAAGUACCUGGAUAAAUAAAAUAAAAAUCACAGACAAUA